UCGAGCAAAGCAAAGGAGAAGAAGCAGAAGCGACUGGAGGAGCGAGCAGCCAUGGACGCAGUCUGUGCCAAAGUGGAUGCCGCCAACAGGGUUAAAUGUCUCCAUUGAAUGUAAGCGAGUAUCUGGACUGGAGCCAGCCACUGUGGAUUGGGCCUUCGACCUGACCAAGACCAACAUGCAGUCCAUGUAUGAGCAGAGCGAGUGGGGCUGGAAGGACCGAGAGAAGCGGGAGGAGAUGACAGACGACCGAGCCUGGUACCUCAUUGCUUGGGAAGACCGUUCUGUGCCUGUCGCCUUCUCUCACUUCCGGUUUGACGUGGAGUGCGGGGAUGAAGUCCUGUACUGCUACGAAGUGCAGUUGGAGAGCAAAGUGCGGCGGAAAGGCCUGGGGAAGUUCCUCAUACAAAUCCUGCAGCUCAUGGCCAAUAGCACACAGAUGAAGAAAGUCAUGUUAACGGUGUUUAAACACAAUCAUGGUGCCUACCAGUUCUUCAGAGAAGCGCUGCAAUUUGAAAUUGACGACUCUUCCCCCAGCAUGUCGGGCUGCUGCGGGGAGGACUGUUCCUACGAGAUCCUGAGCCGCAGGACCAAGUUUGGGGACAGCCAGCACUCCCACGUGGGCGGGCACUGUGGUGGCUGCUGCCACUGAGCUCCCAGAGCCUUGCGAGGCAGGCCGCGCGCUCCUAAGACCUGCCUUCUCCCUGUUCAUGCCGCUCGCCAGGCACCCUCAGAGCUGUGGCCUCCGCCCUGCACAGGCCGGGCUGCCCCCAAGCAGAGAACUCUGGG